UCACAAUAAAAUGAAACUGAUGCAUUUUCCGAAAUUUGUGGAAAAGCCAAUAAUAGUACUUGGUUCAGUUAUGUUAUAUGCAGCGCCAUUGGAUAGCGGUGCUAUUUCCUUCACGCAAAAUAUUAUGGGAUGUAAACUCUUUUUUUAAUGCACUGCAUUGGGCCACUCCCGCAUUCUGCUGGCUUGCUUCGCUCGUGUUCAAUAAAAUUAAAGGUAUAUUUGUUGCGUCGCGGCCAUUAAAGUCUAAGGCAAGUUUCUGAAGCCGACUGAACAAUAAUGCGAGCGCUAGUGGCUGCUGUCUUGGUGUUGGGACUCGUGGGCUUCCAGAUGACCAACGCCUGGAAUGAGGAUGGAUUGGACUUUCUCGAACGUUUUCUGAAGGAAGAGGUUGCAGAGACAAAGAAGUCAGCAUGCUCCACAAACCUCCCAAUUGUGGGCAAGAUCACUUGGCAGAGCUCAACAUUGGGUGCAUACUCAUCAAAUAAGGCAGUUGAUGGCAGCUCGUCCUCCAAUCUGUACCCAUCACAGCACUGCUCGCAUACCAUUACUAAUGCUAAGAACCCGUGGUGGAUGGUGGAUCUCGGGAGCAACCACUGCAUCACACAAGUCCGCAUUUUGAACCGUGGUGACUGCUGCAGCAAGCGUUUAGAGGGCGCUGUUGUCCGCAUUGGGCCCAGCGUCACCGCCACAGAGAACUGGGCAUGUGGCUCACCAGUAACCGCUGCGCAAGCUGCACCACUGGGUGGUACCAUCGAGUUCACUUGCCAGCCCGCACUGAAAGGGCGCUACGUCAGCGUUGAUAUCCCUGGGUCAGCCACCCUGCAACUUUGUGAGGUUACAUUGGAAGAGAUUCCGCAGGGCCAAUGUCCUGAUUCCCAACCGUUCGAUAUCGUUGGCAAACCAGCAGAGCAGAGCACAACGUACGAUAAGCGAUUUACUGCCAACAAGGCAGUGGACGGGAGUUCAUCUUCAAUCAUCAGCCACUGCUCGCACACCGCUUUCAAAUCGGAGCACCCUUGGUGGAAAGUCGAUCUUGGUGGAGAGCACUGCAUUACCAAAGUAACCAUCCUGAACCGUGGUGAUUGUUGCAGUGAACGUCUGCAAAAUGCCAUUGUUCGUGCUGGGACAUCCGAGACUGCCACCGCGAACCAGGCAUGCGGGGCACCAAUCACUGCCAACCAAGCCCAGCCAUUGGGCGGGACCAUCAAUAUUAAAUGUGACCGACCGUUGAGGGCGCGCUACGUGAGUGUCGACAUCCCAGGAACCGCUACACUGCAACUCUGUGAGGUGUCAGUGGAAGUGCUGUCAAGUCCAGAUUGCUAGUUUAUUCCUGAUUGACACGGUCCUAUAUGACAAUAAUGGACUAUAUGAGGAAUCUUCAAAUAACGUUCAAGUCUUUUUGAUUUCCAAAUUUCUGUUUUUCUUUUUGGGGCUAGAUAGAAUUUAUUCAGAUUAAAACCGCUUUGUUGAAAAAAAUCCUCAUAGUGAAAUUUUAGUAAGCGAAGGACGUCAACAAAGAGGACAACAAAUGUGAAUGGUCGAUCUGAAAAGAACUGAAUAGUAGGAAAUAUUUGACCACAAGCACAGUCAACUUAAGGCAAGCAUUUUUGAGGAGGAGUACAAUCGUUGAUAAUUCCCAAUAACCGUCAAGAAGUUACGAGGGAGAUAUCUGCUGUGUUUGUUUGGUUUGGUUUGUUGGGGUGUAUGAGUUGGGCUGUUUAUUUCUUUCUUUUUUCUUUUUCACAUAGUUUACAGUUUAAGGCUGUUGAAAGAAAUAAAUAGGUGGGAGUCCAAUUUUCUAACAGUGAACGGUUGGUAUAAGUACUCCAAUAUUCUUUUAAGUUUGGCUUUUAGUUCUUUUUUUCAUAAGUAAUAAAGGCUUCGGUUUACAUGUGAUAUCAUUUUUGUAGUCAUUUUCCUUUUCUAAAUACGCAUGAACGUGAGAAGAGCGGCCGCGUGCUUCAUGAAACAGGCCAAUUAAGUUUGAAGCAACAGGCAACUCACCGACAUGUCAAAAUUAACAGUGAGUUUAAUUGGGGGAAGCUUACGCUUGAAUUCAGCUUUUCAUACUUUAUUGAAACUGUUAAAUUAAACAAGACUUAUUAGUUCGAACCAAACAGUUAACAAUUGCUUAAAAUCGUUUCUUUUUGGCCAAGUCGCACCCUUUCAGGUCGCCGUACAAAGCGACUUCUUUACUUCGACAUGAAGUUUACCGGUACUAUAGGCUUCAUGGUUCUGCUGACAUCGAAUUGAAUGAUUAUUUACACCUGUGUAAGCCGUACUAUUAAACUGAAAAUGACAAAGGGAA